AUGUUCAAAUUCACCAUCUCUUUAUUAUUGAAGUUAUCGGUGUUUUGCCUCAUCGCAACAAAUCCUGUGUCAGCGUUAACCGAAAAUAUAUGCGAAAGCGCAAGCAACCCGGAGGCAUGCAAGAAAGCGAUAGAGAGAUUAAAGAAAGACAAAGAGGUUGAUCCUAACAACACCAUUCGUAAGGUCAUCAACUUUGGCCUUCAAAGAGGCCUGAUCCUUAUGGCAAACAUGACUCAUUGGGUUCGUCAUAGAAAUUUAAGGGCCAACGAGCAUGCCGCUGUCAAGGGUUGUUUAGAUGCCAUUGAUGAUGGUGUUGAUGACCUGCGGAAGACCCUCAAGGAGGUGGAUGAAUUAGAAGAUGCCCAAAAGAUACAAAAUAUGCAAGAUUUCAUGUUUCACACUCAUAACAUCAAAACGUGGUUGCAGACUGCCGUCAACAGCCUUCAAUCUUGCCUGGAUGAUGAUUUUGCGAUGCCAGGAUUGGAAGGUGAGGUGAAGCAAGAUGUGUUGAAAAGACUCCCGGAUUUGAUAAUUGCGACUCGGCUUGCGAAAUUCAAAUCGAAAACACAAUCACAUCAUCGUAUCGUCGUCUUAAUUUUAAUGGGUCUGAAGAUUUUUGUGUCGUUUUUAACGUUAAUAAUCGUACUUUUAUGUUUAUUCUUUGUAACGAUGCAAGCACUGGAAUCGUCGGACGGUGGUUACAUCAACCGGUGGUGUCAAACGACUCCUCAUCCCGAUAAUUGCAAGCAUUCUCUAGGUCGUGGCGAGCCACGUUAUAGAGCUGAUUUCCGAAUAAUGGCUCUGGAAGCCGCUUUAAAGCUGGCUCAUCAUACUCAAAGUUUCGCCGGCGAGCUCGAUAAAUAUGGCCGGAGCAAAAGGAAGAAAGCGGUGUGGGAAGAUUGUUGUAAGCUCGUCAAUAAUACCAUUCUCCAGCUUAAUCAAACCCUAAUGGGACUCAAGAACAGUAAAAUUUCCGAUUUUGAUGCUCAGACGUGGCUCAGUGCCUCCCUGACCAAUCUCCAGACUUGUUUUUCCGGCUCCGGCGAAUUGAAUUUGACUACGUUUGUAUCUCCGAUAAGAUCGAGUGGGCUGACGGAGAUGAUAAGCAAUAGUUUGGCUAUAAAUCAGGUUUUUUUGAAGCAAACAGAGACGAAUUCCGAUGAGACGGAGGAUUUUCCGAGAUGGGUUACACAGAAAGAUCGGAAACUGCUGCAAACGGAGUCGAUUCACAAGAGGGCGAAUGUGAUUGUGUCUCAGGCGAAGGGGAGUAAGUUCCGGACGAUUCAGUCGGCGCUUGAUCAUGCUUCGAGUAUUAAACGUGGUAAUGGGAGAUUUAUCAUCUACAUAAGACGAGGUGUUUACAGAGAGAAUCUUGAGAUCGGAAAUGAUCUGAAAAACAUCAUGUUUCUUGGCGAUGGACUGAGGUACACCAUUAUCACCGGUGACCGGAGUGUCGGAGGAGGUUUCACAACCUAUAGCUCUGCAACCGUCGGUGUGGAUGGCACUGGAUUCAUUGCCCGUGGCAUAACAUUCCGAAACACCGCAGGCCCAGCGAAGGCCCAAGCAGUGGCACUUCGGUCAGCAUCUGAUCUAUCGGUUUUCUAUGCUUGUAGUUUUGAAGGUUAUCAAGACACCCUUUUCGUCUUAGCUCAACGACAGUUCUACAAACUUUGCUACAUUUAUGGCACCGUUGAUUUCAUAUUUGGCAAUGCUGCGGUCGUGUUCCAAAACUGCAUGAUUUUAGCAAGAAAACCCUUGAAUGGGCAAGCAAACAUGAUAACGGCUCAAGGUCGUGGUGAUCCAUUUCAAAAUACGGGAAUUUCAAUCCAUAAUUCACGUGUGAUGGCUGCACCAGACCUAAAGCCUGUGGUGGGAUCGGUCCAGACCUUCCUAGGACGACCUUGGCAAGAAUAUUCAAGGACUGUAUUCAUGAAAACAUUCAUCGAUAAACAUGUCAAUCCAAAAGGGUGGUCUCCAUGGGGGAAUACCGAUUUCGCGUUUAGCACCUUGUAUUACGGGGAAUAUGGGUGCUUUGGACCCGGUGCAGCAACCAAAAACCGGGUCAAAUGGCCCGGAUACCAUAUUAUCACAAGCCCGAGAGAAGCAUCACAAUUCACUGUGGAAAGGCUUAUAUCGGGUCGGGCCUGGUUGCGGGCUACCGAAGUUCCUUUCAUCACCGGGUUGUGA